GGGGGGGCUCUUCUGGAAGAGCCCAUCUUCCGGCGUGGUGCUGGAUCACUUGGCUUCAUUUUUAAACACCCAGGUGUAGUUUUAGUUGUGUGUUGGGUGCUGAGCAUGGAGAUGGUGUCAGCAGCAACUUCUCCAUGAAGUGGGGGAGAAGAUGUUUCAUUAAUUUCCCGUUUUGGUUCUGCAGGUUGGGCUCUGGUGUUGACUGUGUGGUGUGGUUGUGUUUUGCAGAGCUGCAGAGAGGUUUUUGUAAAUACACACCCUGUGUGAACCUUGGCCUUCGUUUGACACACGUGGUGUUCAGGUGUUUGCUUUUACCUGGGAUACACCUUCACAUUUCCAACAUUUCUGCAGCUGGAUGUGUCUGUGUCACACAGGGAGUUGCUGUGGUCUUCUCCAGUUUUGGUGACUUGGGCACAGUUUAAAGCUGAAAUCUGGAAGGCUUUAGGGUAAAUUAAGGGAUUUCUGUGGUGUGGAAGGAGAAAGAGAAUGCAGCAAACCCACACAGGGAGUCUCUUAGCAUCCCUGAUAAAAGUGAUGGGGACAAGGCUGGGACAGGGGAAUGUGUCAGCUGAUCCAGGAAUCCAUGGAGUGUUGUGUUUACAGUCUUCAGCUCCCUCUAGUCUAAAUAGCUGGAAAGUUCCCAAUGUCUGAGGAAGGCUGGAGAGACACUUGUUAUCUUCAAAGUGCCUGUGGCUCCCUCUCCUCCAUGUCACCUGUGUUCCCAGGGGGAACCUGCAGUACCUGGUGUGGUUUUUUUCCCAUGGCAGCGUCAUGCUCUGAGGUAAUUCCAUUUAAUUUUGGCUACCUCAAUUGUGCCAGAACAAUCCAUCCCUCUAGCAAGCAGAGUUUCUCCCCAGGACUAAAAACUGGAGGUUUCUAUUUCUUGGCUGAAUCCCCAUGAAUUCUUUUUAAGACCUGUAAUAACUUUUCUGGAACUAGGCUGUAUUUAUAAUGGGGUUUUUGUUCCUUUAUGGCUCUCUGCACUAAAUAAUAGACUUGAAGGUUGAAGGUCAUUAUAUCAGAAAACCUUACAAGGUGAUUAUAAUUCCAAAAGGUGUUUUUUCCUAAGUUUAAAAUUGCUUUUGAAAUGUCGUUUAGAGGCACUUAAAAUUGAUUUGAUGGCUCCAUUCCUGCUGUUAAUAGCAUGGGAAUGUGCAGGGUGUGUGAGAUGGGAGCAGUGCUGAGGCAGGUGGAAGCAAACAGGGGAGCUCUAAGUGGGAGUUUACAAACAACCUUGAUAUUCGAGGCUCAGCUGAUGAUUCACAAUGCAAAGAUAAUUAUAAGCUUAAAUUAUAUCCAAUUUAGAAAGCAAGGAAGGAUUUACCUUCAGCUGUAGCUCUGCUUCUGCACAGGGGCUGAGGGCAGCCCUGGCACCAGCAGGAGCUCAAACUUCCCUCUGAAACACUCCAGUUAUCUAUUGUUACUGCCUACCUUAUCUAAAGCAUCUUUGCACCACUAAAUAAAAUCUGUCUGGCUGUGUGGAAGCAGCCUGUCCUCCCAGAAAAAUCAGCUAAUCCAAAAGGAGAGAUGGGACCCUCCUGGGAAGGAAAAAGAGGGAUGUUCCCCCCUUUAUCCUGAGCAUGCUUGGCUGCAUUCAUUCAGCAGGGAUUUAAUGGUGAACCUGACAGAUCUGUGUCCAGCAGGUCCUCCUGUCUUCCUGAGAGUCACUACUUUGGUCUUUGGAGAUGUAACCCCCCCAGAAUAGUUCACCUGACAGGUUGCAGGUAUUCAGGGGCAAUGAGGCUGCAGAGAUUCAUUGUCAGAACAGCACUGAGCUCCUGGGCUGAGUGUGGGUUGGAAAAAUACAAUGUUCACAAGAGGGUGUGAUGGAGGAGCCCUGCCUGGCAUACACAGAAGGGGGAAAACCAGGAGAUUCCUCACUUGCUAAAGGCCUUUGACACUUUUAUCCAAAAUCUGGGCCCUACAGUAAGGCCCAGUAAGAUAAAAAGGUGAUUAUUUGGAGUGAUGAGCAGCUUGUGUUCAGUAAUGUUUCAGGAGGUAGGUAGUGAAAGCCAGCUCUUUGAGGUGUUCUACUGUUGGUACAAUGAUUUAUUUUUGAGCAAGGUGGGGUGUGGAAAGUGUCCCUGCCCAUAUCAGGGGGGUGGAAUGACACGAGCUCUAAGGUCCUGUCCAGCCCAAACCAUUCCAUAAUGCCAUUGUAUAAAGUUUUCCAAAGGGGUCAGAGGGUAAAGGCUCUGACACUGACAGUGUCACUUUGCCCUGUUCUCAUCAUCCAGCAAUGAAAGGUGGUGCUUUCCUGGAAUACUGGCUGAUUUCUCACAUGAUCCAUGCCAACACUUGCAGGUCCUACCUGGAGAGACCUGCCAUUGUCACCUGCUGGACUGCCAGGGAGCAAUCACAGCGUGUCAUCUCUAGAGCAAACCCUCACAUCUCCCUGAGAUGGCAAAACCUGCAAAAACUCAGUGAUUUUGGGUCAGCAGCUCUUCCUCAGCAUUUCCUCUGGCCAAAAGCCCUUGUCUAACAGAGUUUUUGAUGGACUCUUCAUUACAAUUGACAAAGAAAAAGCAGAGGAGGGUGAACAGUUCUGUUAAUUUUCAUUCCCUUUUCAUAGACUUAUUUGGGAGAAGCAGAGUGGGAGAGUACUGCGUGCUGGCAGAGCUUUUGUGUUUUAUGUGACGGGCUGUUGAAAGAGUUCUCAAACUGCACUUCCUUUCUGUGGGCUUUAAGGUCAUUUCCCAGUGCUUGCAGGCUCAUGGAGGGCUGGGAAACCCUUCUCUCAUCACCAGGGAAUGAAAUGCUCUCCGUGGCUUUUUGGAGCCAACAAAAAUCUCUUUGUCUUCUCUUCCCUCCCACUGUUUCCCAAGCAGCAAGUUUGCUGACGGGCCUUGUCAGGAAGGGGGGAGUGCUGCUCCAAGAUCCAGGCUCUCGGGGAAAAUGAGUGGCUGAGGUGAAACGAAGGGUCUGGCAAAGUGUGUUUUGCUGAGAAACUGGAUGGCUUCUACGGUGAACCUGGGCAAGGAAACAGUAUUGGAAGAUGGAAUGCCACCUGCAAAAAAACCCAGGAAGCUGUUGCCGAGUCUCAAAACCAAGAAGCCUCGGGAACUUGUCUUGGUGAUUGGGACAGGAAUUAGUGCUGCAGUUGCUCCCCAGGUCCCAGCGCUGAAGUCCUGGAAGGGGCUGAUUCAGGCCCUCCUGGACGCUGCUAUUGACUUUGAUCUCCUGGAAGAUGAGGAGAGCAAACGGUUCCAGAAGUGUCUUCACGAAGACAAGAACCUGGUCCAUGUUGCCCACGACCUUAUUCAGAAGCUGUCUCCGCGCACAAGCAAUGUUCGCUCAACCUUUUUCAAGGACUGUUUAUACGAGGUGUUUGAUGACCUGGAAUCCAAAAUGGAAGAUUCUGGGAAACAGCUGCUUCAGUCUGUGCUUCACUUGAUGGAGAACGGGGCCCUUGUGUUAACCACAAACUUUGAUAACCUGCUGGAGCUGUAUGCAGCACACCAGGGGAAGCACCUUGAGUCUCUUGACCUGACUGAUGAAAAGAAGGUGCUGGAGUGGGCACAAGAGAAGAGGAAACUCAGUGUCCUGCACAUCCACGGCGUCUACACCAACCCCAGCGGCAUCGUCCUGCACCCGGCCGGCUACCAGAACGUGCUGCGCAACACCGAGGUCAUGCGAGAGAUUCAGAAGCUGUAUGAAAAUAAGUCCUUCCUCUUCUUGGGCUGUGGUUGGACAGUUGAUGACACCACGUUUCAGGCCCUGUUUUUAGAGGCUGUCAAGCACAAGUCAGACCUGGAGCACUUCAUGCUGGUGCGGAGGGGGGAUGUGGAUGAGUUCAAGAAGCUCCGUGAGAACAUGCUGGACAAAGGGAUCAAAGUGAUUUCCUACGGAGAUGACUACGCUGACUUGCCCGAGUACUUUGAGCGGCUGACAAGCGAGAUUGCCAUGCGGGGCCGCACAGGUGUGCCCAAGGAGGGGCAGCAGCUGAACGGCUCUGCCGCUGCCCACACUGAGGUAAAAGGUAAGGCAGGCUCUCUGGAGCCAAGGGGCUUCACCCUGUGCUGCUCCCUGGAGUCCCAGGCAGGUUUUCAGCCUUUGCUUCCACGCAGGAGGCAGCCCCUGAGCCUGAGCCCUGCCCAGGCCCUGAGCUGUGGCAGGGGCUCCUGGGACAGGCCCAGGCCGGGCCAGCAGUCCUCAGGGAGGCCGGAGCCCACCAGUGUCCCACUGCUGUCCAGCACCGAGCCAGGACCCUUCCAGCAGGGACGAGGCCAGGACAGAGCCACCACGGAUGAACACCUGGUCUAACACAGUAAUUGUGGUUUUACUGGGGCUGUGUGUGCCUGCGGAGCGCGGUAUCCCCGAGGGAGCUGCAGCCUCCUCUAACUUCAUACCUAGUGCUUUUAUAUUCUGUAUUUCAACUUAAAAAUGAAACUUGAGCUUUUUUUUUUUACUGGAAGCUCUAGUUUUCUAGUCCGUUCUUUUUACUGUACAGUAUUUUGUAUGUUGAAGUUGUAUUAAAGGCCUGCUCACUGAA